CAUCGCAGUGCAUCGUGAUGCUGUGUUGUGUGUUUCUUGUAGAGAUUUUUCCCAAUCUGCCCGAGUUGAAGAAGACCGUCAAGGUAAGUUGCUCUGCAUGAAGAUUAAAGCCAAGUUGGAGGAUUUGCUGUCUGACAGCCACCUGGCGGAGGACGGCUUCCUGCUGAAGCACGUCCAGAGGGACAAGCAGGGCCACGUCAGUCUCAAGCUGCUCACUUCUUUGAAAAAGAUAAAGGCCCUGACUACAAACUGGUACAUGACUCUAGCAGCAGCAGAGGCCUCUGACCUCCUGGCGGUGAACGAGGAACGCACCAAAGUGAGGCGGAUAGAGCCGCUUCCCCGAUGGCUGCUGUGUUCCCCCACCAGCAAGGUCCUGCUAGCCUGGAACAUUUGUGUGAGGAAAACCACCGAAGAAGACGUAGCACCUUGGGGCCAGGAGCAAGCUCGCCUCUCACAGAGUGUCCUCCAAAAGUUCAGCCCGCAUGGCAGUGUGACGUCACUCUGGGUGCUGUAUCCCGGCUGUAAGCUCCCCAAGGAACUGCAGUGCUACGCCAAGCGUCACAAAGUGCUCGGCCAACACCUGUGCGCCGUCGUGAAGUUUGACCAUUUGGACGAAGUCCGCAAAGCCUACAAAGCCCUGAAAGCAGAGGAGAUCCGGUCUAACGGCGAGGGCAUGAGUGUUGUUCCUUUGGGGUUCCAGGCCAUGCACCGCGUCACCUCUGACCAAUCAUCAGAUGAAAACAACGAGGACAAACCCCAGGACACACCUUCCCAGGAUAAUCCCCUCGACGCCUCAGAGGAUAUGGCCCAGGAGGAUCCGGCCCGGGAGGAUCUGGCCCAGGAGGAUCCGGCCCAGGAGGAUCCGGCUCAGGAGGACCCGACUCGGGAGGAGGCCUCUGCUCCACCGAAGGUUUCUGACACAUGUCCACCACAAAAGUCCAUGAACAAUUCCACGCUGAUCUCCACCAGCUGCACAGGCAGGCAGUCCUUCCCCGGUUGGAACCAGAGGUUCAACAAGAGGAGCUGCUGGUCUGGAGACUGUAGUAACGGAAACUCUCAGAGCCCCUGGGUGCAGAGUCGCAAAGUUGCGGCCAGUGCAUUGAACCCCGGGGCGGCCGAGAGCAGGGAUGCGCCCGCGGCGUCUCAGAGAGUCCUGCGCCAGCCCCGCGGCCCCGACGGCACCAAGGGCUUCCACAACAGGGGGGUAGCUGCUGCUCCAUCCAACUCUCCCCGGGGGAAGCACCUCCCACUUUGCCCCAAAUAA